AUGGAAUCCGAUAAAGAAUCACAAAGGCCUGUUUUACCACAGGACCUCUUUAGAAAUGAGUUGACAUGGAUGUUUUAUGAAAUGUGUAAACAUCGCUUCCCCUGGGUGGUCUCAUGUUUAUGUCUGGUCGCCGGAUGGGUAGUAGCUCAGAUGAAUUUUACCUAUAAAAAUAUGCUUGUGAGUGACAUGACUGCCGGUGCUCUAUUCGGAUGUGCACUUGUAUGGCCCUUCGUAAGGGUUCGCUAUUUGAAAUUCUAUCCCAAUACAACAGAACUAGUUCAGCAGGUGUUAGAAUCGAAUCCCGAAGUGGAUAUCGAGAAAUGGGCCGAAAUUGCAAAUAGACUGAACAUUUACUUUUACCAAGAGCAUCUCUGGAGCACGCCUCACUUUUUUUUCAAUAAUCAACAUGUUCAACUUGUGUUCAAGGAUAAUGUUUUAAGGCCAUAUCUCGAAGGGAAACUUGACGAUAUUACCGAUAUGGACAAGAUUCAAUCAGCAAAUUGUUAUUUGCAGUCACUAAAUGAAAAGUUCGAAUUAUUAUUGAAGGUUAAUUUGCCGGAACCCGUUUUAAACUCUGAACUACCUAGAGGUACCCACAGAAACAAAUUCUCCUUUUAUGCAGCAUAUUUGUUCGUUGGAUUCAUGGUUUGUUAUUAUCAAGCACUAACUUUGCUUAUGAUCGUAAUGGCAUUUAUAUUAAAUUUUUUUUUGCUCUUGAUUAAUGCCAUACUUUUCCAGUAUCUUACCUUGAGAAUAUAUCAGGAUUCUUAUUGUACGCUAUAUCCACAGAUGGAUAUAAUCCGAGCAAUGAAUUUUUUGGCGAUAAUAAUAAAAGUUAGCCCUGGAAAAGAACCGGUUAAAUGGGACCAAAUAGCCAGGUAUAUGAAUCAAUAUCUAGCUGAAGAAAAUAAUGGCCAUUCUACGAAUAUAUUUCUCGACGGUAAGCAUUGUUUAAACUGUUACAAGACCUGCUUUGAGCCUCUAUCCACUAAUAAUGGUCCUUCGAAAUACUGCGAUUUGAAAGAAAUUGUUGAGGGUACGCAACCAAGCGUAAAUGGAGAGACUAAUUAA